UGAGCGUGGGAGCGUGGUACAGAGCACAACAUAGCGCACAAUUUGUGCUCAAUUAGCUAUGAUCGCUAGAACAUUGUGUCGUUUGCGAAUGUUUUUCGGUAACUACUAUGGACGCCCAAGAUGGAAUUCUUCGUCUUGUUUUCUCUUUCCCGGGCAAGGAGCUCAAUUUGUCGGGAUGUGCCAGCGCUUGCUCGAAGAGAGAACAGUAUUGCAGCUUUUUGAGGACGCUCAGGAGAUUUUGGGAUAUCACCUACUGAGCAUAUGUUUGCAUGGCCCUGAGGAAGAUUUAAAUAAGACAGUGCACUGUCAGCCUGCAAUUGUUGUCGCCUCUCUAGCUGCUUUACAACAUGCGAAAGUCACAGGCGCAAAGGUCUGCCUAAAUGGAUCAGAUGAACCUGAUCCUAACAUGGUCACUGCUGGAUUUAGCGUUGGUGAGAUGUCUGCCUUGAUAUUCUCAGGAGCACUUUCCUUUGAAGAUGGCCUAAAAGUAGUCCAAGUACGUGCCCAAGCCAUGCAGGAAGCUUCCGAUAAAUACCCCAGUGGUUUGGUGUCAAUUUUGGCCCCACCAGACUUGGAUAUUCAUCUUCUUUGUGAUCACGCCAAAGAGUGGUCUUACAGUAAUGGCAUGGAGGAGCCAGUGGCAUGUGUGGCAAAUUAUCUUUUCCCUGGUGGCUGGGUAAUAGGAGGUGACAAGUCGUCUGUGAAAUAUAUUCUGGAGUUUGGAAAGGCUAAGCAUGGCAUCAAAAGAGCUCAGCUCAUUCCUGUAAGUGGUGCAUUUCAUACCAUACUUAUGUAGCCUGCCCAGGAACCUCUCCGACAAGUGUUGGAUUGUGUCUCUGUUAAAAUGCCCAGAUGCACAGUGUAUUCUGGGACAGGUUGUGAACCCUUCACUGAUGUGGAGCAGAUAAAAAGAUUGCUUGUACAGCAACUUGUGGAGCCAGUGAACUGGAUGAAAACAAUCCAAAACAUAAUGAAACAAAGGACCAACUUGGAAAACAUCUUUGAAGUGGGCCCUGGAAAGCAGUUGAAGGCUAUGACUUCUCGUAUUGACAGAAAAAUGUUGAAUAAUUUUACCAACUUGGAGACAUAGCAAACAGUAACACACGUGAUAAAGGAUGCUUCAAAAUUCAGGAAAUUUAUUCACAAAGUCUGGCCUUGAAUGAUCUUGACAGUAGAAAAAUUGCACUUGGAUCCCUUUAUGCCACAACACAAAUGGGACAUCUGCCUCAGUUUAAACUUAACUGGAUAAAAGACAAUAAUGGUAACCCUCCUUCAAGUACUGGUUGAAACUACCAAAGUUUUAAAGACCAAAUAAUGGUGACAAAUCUUUCAGAUAUUUCCUAUGGUGAUGAAAAUUUUACACAAGUUGCAUCACUCAAACUUGGCUUGCAGUGUAGCAUGAACAUUUUGUAUGUUUAAUUUCUGGGGAUUUUUUUAGAUGGUCCUCUGUCCGUAAAAACAGAUUCAAGCUGAUGGAAAUCUACAGCAAAAUGAAAUGUAGGAAACUUUUACAACAUCCAGUGAAUUGUGAAACCUCUGCAUACAAAUCAAGUUUCAAUUCUGAUUCUGUGUUUGCUCUUCACAAAAUAUUUAUCUCCAAAUUAUUUACUUCCAAGGUAGAAAAUCAGAGUUAUGUUGAUUUCUCACAAAUGCUCUGCUGCUUGCACUGAAAACUGGAAAAAAUAAGCUCUCAGAAGGAGUUUUAGUUAUCUUGAAUUGCAGAAAUCUGUCUCUGUAAAACAUGAAAAAGUAGCAAAUGCAAAGUAGAACUCAUAAAAAAAAGUCUUUGAUACACUGAUUACAGAUCAAGGGAAGUGUCUGGUAUUUAAUACAAUAAGCAGAUAGUAGAGUGUGAGUUACAGAAAUAAUUUCCCAAACAUCCUGUUCCAUAUGAUUUGUGGUGAGAGAUUCAGUUGAAAUAUGACCCAUUUGGUGUGUGGUUUUAGUGUGAAAACAGUUUACAUUGAUACUGUGUAUGUUUUAUCAUUAGGCUUGCUAACUUUGCCAAUUCAUUAUAUAUUUGAAUAUCCAGUGCAGGUGGCAAACCAUGUCUUAAAUUGUCAAGGUAUAGGCUCAACUUAAAAUUUCUGUGCAGAAAUUAAGGUCUUCUAGACUGGAUAGUAAUGUAAUUUUCAUAUCACAAUGUAAACACCUGCCAACUCCCAGGGUUUUGUCAAGAAAUGUAGUUGAGGGAGAGUAAUGUGAAGUAAUGGUACAAUCUGUUUCUGUCCUGUCUGAAAUCAAAAAUAGCUCAGGGGAAAAAUAGUUGCACUGGAGAAUUCCUCCAUUUCCAGAUGCUGUUGAGCAUUGGCUGUUAAUUGCAUUAGACAUAGGCCAGGAAAUCUCA